UAAGCUUGACGUCGACUAGUCGCGUUGAUCACGUGACAUACGAUUGCGCCAAUUUUGAUAUUAACAACAUGGCCGCGUCGCAGUCGACAACAAAUGACGAGCCUGGAGGGUCAAUUCAGCAAGAAAGCAGCAGUAGUAGGCCUAACGUUACAUCAAGUGUGUGGAAAUACUUCACUAAAGAUGAAGCUUGCAAAAAUGUCACCUGCAAAAUAUGUAAGUCUGUUCUGAAGUACAACAAGAGUACAAGUGUAAUGCACACGCAUCUGAAAAGGCAUCCGCUAAGUACGUUAAGUGAGGAACGCAAACCAUCGCAACAACAGUCAAUUAGAAACUUCACUAAACCACCUGCUGUGACAGAGAAACGACGGCAGCAAAUUACCAAUUUACUGAUUAAUUUUAUCGUCAAAGACAUUCGACCUUUGGCUGCAGUGCACGGAGAAGGUUUUAGAGAAAUACUGCACUUUUUUGAACCUGGCUACGAUAUUCCAUCGUACAAGACAUUGUGGAACACUAUCAAACACCAGUACGACAGCAUGCGUGAAAAAAUUGUGGAGGAGAUGAGAGACCAGACUGUGUCGCUUACAACCGAUUUGUGGACGUCCUCCACUAUGGAGCCGUACAUCACAGUAACUGCUCACUAUAUCACCGACACAUGGAAGCUGACGGCACGAGUGCUUUGUACAUCAAUGAUGCCAGAGAGACAUACUGCAGCCAACAUUGCUGACCGUCUUUCUGAAAUAAUUAAGGAAUGGGGCAUACAGGUGUUUUGCACAGUCCACGAUAAUGCCAGUAACAUGAAUUUAGCUAUGGAGUUAUGUGAAAUGUUUCCUAAAGAUCUGGGUUGCACCGGACACACCCUACAGCUAGCCAUAAAAGCUGGCUUAGCCUUACCUGACGUUUCAAAAGUUAUUGAUGCAGCAAGGAGGGUUGUUAGUCACUUUCGCCACUCAGCGGUAGCCACGUGUGCACUACGAAAACGACAGGAACAACUUGGCAUAAGACCCAACAAACUUCAGACAGAUUGUGCGGUCCGAUGGAAUUCCACAUUCGUAAUGAUCCAGCGACUGUUCGAGCAAAGAAUCGCGGUGCAAUCUGUGCUCGCAGAUGAAACCGUCACCAAACCAGCCAUCCAAAAGUCACUCGCCAUGAGAGCAUCACAUUGGGAGAUGCUUGAACAGCUGAUUCCAGUGCUGCAACCUUUGGCCAAGGCCACCGAGAUAAUGUGUGCGGAGUUGCAUGUCGGGCUGUCUUUUAUCUUUCCUGUCAUUUUCAACAUGAUCAGCACCACUCUGCGCGUCGAAGCAUCUGACAUGACAGCUGUACGUGCCUUUAAGAACACUGUUCGACGGCAGUUGGAAAUACGGUUUAAACUGGAGUCCGACGAUCUGACAGAAUCCAUCCCCACUGUGGCAUGUAUGCUCGAUCCUCGUUUUAAACAUCUUAAUUUCAUCCCAGAGGGUAAAAGAGAGGCCGCUCACAGCCACCUGAACAGCCUGGUUUCGGAUGAGGGAGAGCCGCUUGCAGCACAAGCUCAUGAUGUGAACAGCGAGGGUGAGCCAGUAACUGGAAAAAAGGCCCGACUUGAACAAGAUUUUGAACAGCUUUUUGGGCCACACUAUCACAGUGGAAGGAAAACGGCACAAUCCACAGCAGCCGAAGAAAUAAGUGCAUAUUUUUCGGCACCACAAAUUCCCACGAUGGAGAACCCCUUGCAGUGGUGGGCUUGCAACCACGACAAUUUUCCCCGUUUGGCCAAGCUUUGCAAAAGAUACUUGGCUGUUCCAGCUACCAGUACCCCCAGCGAGCGAAUUUUUUCACUGGCUGGGAAUACUAUCAGCCGACUGCGGGCAAGCCUCCAUCCAGCUCACGUUGAUGCCCUCGUGUUCUUGCAUGCAAACCAUGAUCGAAAAUUAAAAACUGUGAAUGAGCAGGACUGUGACAGUGAUUAGGCGUGUUAUCUUAGUAGUAAAGUGUUAUCUUGAGUAAAUAGCAUUGUUAUGCCGAAAAAAAUUUCAUUAAAACGGGAGUUAUUUAUUGUUACAUUUUAACCGUUAGUUUCAACAUAUGAGCUUUAUAAUUUUAGCAUUGUUAUGCCGACAUGCAUUGAUUAAAAAAUGCAUUAAAACGGGAGUUAUUGUUGCAUUUUAACUGUUAAGUUUCAACAUAUGAGCUUUAUAAUUUUAGCAUUGUUAUGCCGACAUGCAUCGAUAAAAAAAUUGCUUUAAAACGAGUGUAAUUUUUUAUGUGUUAAUAUUAAGUUUCAACAUUAUGAGCUGUAUAAUUUUAGCAUUAUUUAAAACGGGAGUUGUUGCAUUGUUAAUGUUAAGUUGCAACGUAUGAGAGCUGUAUAAUCAGCAUCUGUAUAUUGUCCUGCAAAUAAAUUGUGG